AUGUCCCUUUUACGGUUCAUGCGGUCAGCCCCUUACAAAGUAAAGCCUGUCCCUGCAUAUGCCCUUCGACGCUCCCAGCCGAUCGAAGAGGAGCGCAUACCACAUUAUGACCCCAAACACUUUUAUCCCAUGCAACUGCAUACAACGUUGGCCAACCGUUAUCAAGUGGCUGCUAAACUUGGGUGGGGCACUAGCUCGACCGUCUGGUUGGCUAAGGAUCUCCACCAGUGGUGCUGGCUUCCUUCACGUUAUGUAGCCAUCAAGGUCAAUACGAACAAUUACGCGUCCCAAGAGUGUGCCGAAAAGGAGCUGCGAGUAACAGAGCAUAUCACCCGAGCAAAUCCAGCCGACCAAGGCAGGUAUUUUGUGCGCACUUUGCUGGAUUCAUUUACCCUACAAGGUCCACAUGGCCACCAUAUUUGCAUGGUGUUCGACCCCUUCUAUGAGCCUCUCUGGAUGCUAAAAGAGCGCUUCGAAGGACGCGUUUUUCCUCCGGAUGCUCUCAGGACCAUUGUUCGAAUGAUUGUAAUGGGCCUUCACUAUCUUCACACGCAGGCUCGCGUCAUCCAUACAGCCAAGGCAGAUCUCAAAUCCGAUAACAUCAUAAUGGCCCUUCGAGAUCAGUCCCUACUCGACACGAGCCUGGGAAGGCCAGUCAUUACAGACUUUGGGCUUUCCGUUUACGGAGAGAAGGCUCCUUAUACUCAUCCUAUCCAGCCUAAUGGGUUCCAAGCCCCAGAGGUCAUCCUUAGAGCAAGUUGGGACUAUAGUGUUGAUAUAUGGAAUUUGGGCGCUUUAGUCUGGGAAUUACUCUGUGGGUCCGGCCCUUUUGAUUACGCCACAUCGUCUUCAGAUUCGUCGUACAGCGAGAAAAAGCACCUGGCGUCUAUUAUCUCCUCAAUUGGCCCACCGCCAACGGAUAUGCUUAAGCGAGAACGUCGAGCUCCGCGGUAUUUCAGUGACGAUGGGCAGUUCAAAUUCCCCGAUCUAAUUACUCAAACGCGAGGACUUGACCAACUGCUCACUGUCAUUGAUGGCGAAGAGAAGCGAAUGUUUGUGAAAUUUAUUACGAGGCUGCUGCAGUGGCAGCCAAAGGAUCGAGCAACGGUGGAGGAGCUACUGUCGGAUCCCUGGCUACAGCAGGAAUGA